UGCGUGGCUCUGAGGAAAUAUGGCGCACAGAGCAGUGCAUAUACCAGUGGUAUUCAUUUCUUCAGUCUAUUCUUUUACUUCAUUCUGUUUGUCAAUUGUCGUCGCUUUUGCAGUAUUUAAAACAGUGAACACUGACAAUGUGUUCAGUGCAAGCCACACGGCUUCUGUACCCAUCGCUGCCGCUAGGGAUCUACGGUACCUUUUGUAUGACGUAAACCCCCCAGAGGGUUUCAAUCUGCGGAGAGAUGUCUAUAUCCGCAUGGCCUCCUUGGUGAAGACUUUGAGGAAGGAGGGGGAUGACUGGGUAUUGGUGCUUCCCCCAUGGGGUCGCCUCUACCACUGGCAGAGCCCCAACAUCCAUCAGAUCCGCAUCCCGUGGGGCGAGUUCUUCAGCCUCACUAGCCUGCAGGCCAAUGUGCCUGUCAUUGAGUAUGAGGAAUUUAUCGCAGAGAAUGGAGGCCCAUUCAUAGACCAGGUUCUGGUACUGCAAAACUACGCUGAGGGAUGGACUGAUGGGAAAUGGGAGGAAAAAGUUGAUAUGCGGCCAUGCAUUGAGAAGCUGAUGUUCUCCAAAGAUAAACAGGGCUACUACAGGGGAUGGUUUUGGGGCUACGAGGAGACGAGAGCUCGAAAUGUAACAUGUAUAUCAGCCCAAGGCCAUGCCUCCAUCAUGGCCCCAGUUCUACAGAAAAACAUCACAGUGACAUCAGUUAUGCUUGACCGAGCAGAGACACUCCUCCAUGAUCACUAUGCUGGGAAGGAUUACUGGGAUACUCGGCGCAGCAUGGUUUUUGCCAAGCACCUUCGUCUCAUAGCAGAUGACUUCCGAGCAAAGUACCUGAACUCUACAGAUGACAGAGACCAUACCAUUUACAGUGAGGAUUGGACUCGCAUGAAAGCCAAGCUGGGCUCAGCUAAAGGUGGUUCAUAUCUGGGAGUCCACCUGCGCAGGAAGGACUUUGUCUGGGGUCACAGAGAGGAUGUACCCAGCCUUAAGGGGGCAGCCAAAAAAGUGCGGAGCUUAAUGAAGAAGCACAAACUCGACCACGUGUUUGUAGCGACAGAUGCCGAUGGGGAAGAACUGAGGGAGCUGAAAAGGUUGUUGCCAGACAUGGUGCGCUUUGAGCCGUCCCUAGAGGACCUGGAGCUCCUUAAAGAUGGAGGGGUGGCCAUCAUUGACCAGUGGAUAUGUGCUCAUGCAAGAUUCUUCAUAGGAACAUCAGUGUCCACCUUCUCUUUCCGGAUCCAUGAAGAGAGGGAGAUCCUGGGCUUUGACCCCAAAACUACAUACAAUCGUUUCUGUGGGGACUCCGAAAAACAAUGUGAACAGCCCACACACUGGAAAAUAGUGUAUUGAUGAUAUUGACUUUCUUGACACACAAGUGCCAACAGCAGUGUUAAAAAUUAGAUGUGUUUGUAUGGAAUAUACAGGAUAUUUUAACUGUUCUUUGGUGUAUUUUUUACUUUUAUGGUUUCAGAGUUGUGCAAUCAGGUCUAUAGUGACCACUGUGACUGAACAUUAUGCUCAAAAGGCCAAGAUUGGGCUGCCAAACAUGUAUUACCGUUGCAUUCAACAACUAAAUCUGCAAAUAUUUUGUAAGUUAUAUGUUAAAUGUGGAUCCUUCAUGACGGCCUGGUAUUUCACAUAAUUUCUGAUAUUUAUUACUAACACCAGCACCCCUGGUGAGGAAAAGUGUCUUAUAGUGACUGCAACAGACAGUGUUGUGUGGAAGUAUUCUCAGUUUAAUAUUUUGUGAGAUUCAAAGAUGUUGAGUAUCUAAACUUUAACUAUUCUAUUUUUAAAAUUUACUAUUUGUUUUUUCACAAAUAGCACCACAUAAGAGCAUUCAGGGAUCACAAACAUAGUAUGAAGAUUAUGCAUUUCUAAUUAAAGACACCCUGUUGAGUUAAGUAAAGAAGUAUUUGCAUUCAGUGUAUCUUACCAAAAAGCAUUGUGUAACAAACAACGUUGGAUGCAUUUUGCUAAAUGUUUUUUUGAAGUACUUUGAAACUUGCAAUGUCUUCUUCUUCACUGCCUUUAGCACAUAGCCUCAUUUUUUUAAUGCGUUACUUCCACCAACUGUUUAUCAGUGGAUUAGCAUUGAACUGGCGCCGCACUAUAGUGCACAUACAUAUAUGUACUUGUACCAUGGCAAGGAAGCCAAACACAACGGGGAACCACGAACAUAAGCACUGCUCUAUAGCGCUUCAAGUGGUUAAUAAUUCCACAGGGCACCUUUUAAAAUAGAACCUAAAAAUUCCCAGUUGACGAAUUCUUAAGAGGUGUGUUUUUCUUCUGCUUCCAUCGUAUUUCAGUGUUUGUGUGAAAAACUUUCAUUUCAUAUACAGUGCCAGUAUUAGUAUUUGUUACAUGGGAUUGCACUACCAUAUUACUACAAAAAAACUAUAACAAAUUUUAUUUUCAAAUGAUAGACAUCAUCAUUAUAGUGUUACUGCUACCAUUGAAAUGAACUGAAAUGCCACAAAGGAGCCACUGUGUCUUACCAACACUUGUCUGUCAUGAAGCUGUUUUCUUACAACAACACGCCCUAUUUUUUCCCAUUCCUGAGGAUGCACACACAUAUGCAUUGUCUCAUGACUUGGUUUGUACAGCAGUAGAUGUGUAAUUUUGGUGUUGGAUAAAAGUUUUUAGCAGAGAUUAAACAUGGCAGAAAACCGA